UGAUAGAGUAUAUAGACUCGGACCCUGGGUAUCACGACUAUUGGGCCCAGACAGCGGCCCGGACAGCGGCCCACAUAUGUUCAGUAGAUAGCAUUUAUUUCCUUGUACACUAUAUUUAUUCAUAUGUACCCAUUAAAAUAGAUUAGAUACUAUUUAUUAGCCAUUUAUUGGCCUUUUAUUGUAGUUGGGCCUUCUAGGCCCAAGCCUGGAAGCCCAACCCUCUUUUCUCCUAUAAAUACUCCCUAGGGGAGCCAUGUAAAAAAGGAGGUUGGUUGGAAAUUCAUUAUACACAUAUCACUUUAUCUCUCUAGCUCUCCCUUCUCUCUAGGAUUAAAUAAUCCAUCAUUUGGUGCUUUCAUUGAGAGCUAGAAUAUAUCAAGUGAGAUCCUCCCCACCAAAACAAAAGACGUGGUAUCACAUCGGCCCAAUUAGGAGCAAAAUGAAACCCAAAACACACUUUCAAACGUGGGUGUUCAACAACCAGGAAUUUCAAGUAUUCCUUCGGCCAGAACUAAAGAAAGCAACAGAAGUAUACCAGCUGGUUAAUAUCCACUUGGCCUUACAGGUGGCAGCUUCCUAAACCACAAGUCAGCCCACCACUUGAAUAUGACGGCAAGGUCAACUUAAACUUCGAAUAUUGGAUAGCUUCGGCCACAACAUCAAUCGUCAGAAAAGCUUCGCCUCGGCCAAACGCCUCGUCCUCUGUCUCCAAUAAAUAUUGGGACAGCUUCGGCCAUACGCUUCGUCCUCUAUCUCCAAUAUCGGCCUGAGUUGAGUAAAGGGCCCCAUAUCGUCCAAGCAAACCUUCGUCCAGUCAUAGCACCCCUCGUCCUGGGAAUAAGCAAGGCCCCUUGGACUAGGCAGGACCUUCGUCCAGCCGAAAAACCGGCGCCCAUCGGCCAAAGGAAGCUCUUCGGUCAAACCUGAACGUAAGGGGCCGUCGCCCCUCGUCCGUGAAUUAGGCAGUGGUGCUCCACAUUGGCCACAAUGCCCCAUCGGCCGGGCACCUCAUCGGUCAGCCUACCGCCAGGCGACUCCCUCUGCCAAGGCCCUGCAUCAGCAAGCGCCGCCUCUGCCAUUGAGGGGAGCUGAAGGAGGAACAUCAGUCAGGCCAGAACACUUCUGCUGGCAACGUCAUCAACCUGAAACAUCAUCGGCCAGUAUCGCAUCGGCCACAGUAGGGCCACCUCGGCCAGGGAGCUGCACCUCCUUCGUCCAGCGAGCAUCAGCCGGCACCGCAUCGUCCGCACCGCACCGGUCAAAAAGAGGGACACCGCAUCGGCCGCGCACCGCAUCGGCCGCGCACCGCAUCGGACGCGACAGGGCCACCUCGUCAAGCAACCGCGUCGGCCGGGCCGCAUCAGUCAAAACGGGGCCACCUCGUCAAGCAAUGCGCGCAUCGGCCGCACACAUCUGAUGUCACCCAUCGGCCAAACCUGAACAGAGGACUGAGCAAUCCACCUUCGGCCAGAAGCCUCGCAUCGGCCAGAAUAGGGUCACCUCUGCCAAGCGACCACCUCCGGCCAGAUAGGGUCCGAAUCGCCUCAGCCAGGUCAGGACCCUCCCCAUCGUCGUCUCUGGCCCCUCUCCGGCGCCCAAUCGCGGAUCCCUCGGCCACCAUCUGGUCUUCGCGACGGCCGGAGCAGCAAGGACCUCCUCGUCCACAAGGCUUUCCGGCGACGAAAGGGAACCACCUCGCCAUUCUGUUCCACGCUCCACUCCUUCGUAUGGACUUCUCCCCUGCGGAUGAAAUUGGCAAGUAGCGUGAUCUGGAACCAGCAUCUCAAUCAAAAGGGUAGGCUAUCAUCAUAUGGGCCGGCUGUUUAAUCUGCAGGCCCAGUCUUACAUUUCCCUGCUUGAAUUCUAAGCAGGGCAGGCUUCGGCCCAAAUACAGGACUACUGAUCAUGACGAGCUACCCACAUCUAUGGAUCGGCCUCAGCCAUCCCCUCGGCAGAAGGACACCGCUGCAGCUCCACCUCUAGGCCGAAGGGCUCGCACCUUUUGCUUCGUUCUGGGGGCAUCCGAUGUACUCUUUUUCCCUCAUUAGGAUUUUUUCCCACAGGGUUUUUCCUAAUGAGGUUUUUAACGAGGCAUCUCCCCAUUGUGGAUCAAAAGGUGUCAACCCUCGGCCCCCUGUUGCAGACAUCAUCAGACAUGCAUUACUCUACUCCUCUUCACCUCGUUACACUCGCCUCAAGGAGUGGGGGACUGGGAGAGCGGGGGACUUGGCGCCUUCGCUACCAAAGAAGCAGAAAUUCAAAAUUUUUGCAAGGAUUGCCACUCGCACCGACGACAUCAUCAUAUCACAUACAUAUUCAGCUGCCACAUCGGCCAGUACAUAUACAUAGCUCCCCGGCCUCAGGACCGGUGGUGAUGGUCUCUGGCCUGCGACCUUCGGCUGAGGAUUUUCCCACAGGGUUGCCUCAGCCAGGGCUCACCAGUGGGAUCGGAUCAUCAGCUUGGGAAUCCGGGCGAGGCGCUUCGACGACGACAGCAGUUUACUCACCGGACGACGACAGAUCAGCACACAGUUCUACUCUCUUUUCGCCUCGAGUACUCUCGACUCAGAGAGUGGGGGACUCCUGAUAGAGUAUAUAGACUCGGACCCUGGGUAUCACGACUAUUGGGCCCAGACAGCGGCCCGGACAGCGGCCCACAUAUGUUCAGUAGAUAGCAUUUAUUUCCUUGUACACUAUAUUUAUUCAUAUGUACCCAUUAAAAUAGAUUAGAUACUAUUUAUUAGCCAUUUAUUGGCCUUUUAUUGUAGUUGGGCCUUCUAGGCCCAAGCCUGGAAGCCCAACCCUCUUUUCUCCUAUAAAUACUCCCUAGGGGAGCCAUGUAAAAAAGGAGGUUGGUUGGAAAUUCAUUAUACACAUAUCACUUUAUCUCUCUAGCUCUCC